GCGGCGCUCCCCGCUUAAAUGAGCCGGGGCUCCCGGCGCGCGCCACUUCAAGGGAGCCCGCCGCGGGAGCGGGCGCCGCCAGCUUUCCUCGGCGCGGCGGGAGGCGGCGGCCGUCGGGGAGCAGGCGCGGCGGGCUGAGGCGCUGCGCCCGCUGCAGGGAGGCGGCGGCGUCCGGCGAUGGGGACCGAGCGGAGGCUUCGCGCCGGGCCGUGACCGCCGCCGCCGCCCCGGGCGCUCUCGGAGCGCCGACGCUGAGGACCAUGGCCCUGGAGCAGCUCUGCGCGGUCCUCAAAGUGUUGCUAAUAACAGUACUUGUAGUGGAAGGGAUUGCUGUGGCCCAAAAGACCCAAGAUGGACAGAACAUUGGAAUCAAGCACAUUCCUGCAACCCAGUGUGGCAUUUGGGUUCGAACCAGCAAUGGAGGUCAUUUUGCUUCACCAAAUUAUCCUGACUCAUAUCCACCAAACAAGGAGUGUAUCUAUAUUUUGGAAGCUGCUCCUCGUCAACGGAUAGAGCUGACCUUUGACGAACGCUAUUAUAUAGAGCCAUCAUUUGAAUGUCGCUUUGAUCACUUGGAAGUUCGAGAUGGGCCAUUUGGUUUCUCACCUCUCAUAGAUCGUUACUGUGGCAUGAAAAGCCCUUCGUUAAUUAGGUCAACAGGAAGAUUCAUGUGGAUUAAAUUUAGUUCUGAUGAAGAACUUGAAGGACUAGGAUUUCGAGCAAAAUACUCAUUCAUCCCAGAUCCAGACUUUACUUACCUUGGAGGUAUUUUAAAUCCCAUCCCAGAUUGCCAGUUUGAGCUCUCAGGAGCUGAUGGAAUAAUACGUUCUAGCCAGGUAGAACAAGAAGAAAAAACAAAACCUGGCCAAGCAGUUGAUUGCAUUUGGACAAUUAAAGCCACCCCAAAAGCUAAGAUUUAUUUGAGGUUCUUAGAUUACCAAAUGGAACACUCAAAUGAAUGCAAGAGAAAUUUUGUGGCGGUCUAUGAUGGAAGCAGUGCUAUUGAAAAUCUGAAGGCCAAGUUUUGUAGCACUGUGGCUAAUGAUGUAAUGCUGAAAACAGGAGUGGGAGUGAUACGGAUGUGGGCAGAUGAAGGCAGUCGGCUUAGCAGGUUUAGGAUGCUCUUCACUUCCUUUGUGGAACCUCCCUGUACAAGCAGUACUUUCUUUUGCCAUAGCAACAUGUGCAUCAACAAUUCUUUGGUCUGUAAUGGUGUUCAAAACUGUGCAUACCCUUGGGAUGAGAACCACUGUAAAGAGAAGAAGAAAGCUGGACUAUUUGAACAAAUCACUAAAACUCAUGGAACAAUUAUUGGCAUUACAUCAGGGAUUGUCUUGGUUCUUCUCAUUAUUUCUAUUUUAGUACAAGUGAAACAGCCCCGGAAAAAGGUAAUGGCUUGUAAAACUGCAUUCAAUAAAACUGGGUUCCAGGAAGUAUUUGAUCCUCCUCAUUAUGAACUAUUUUCACUAAGAGAGAAAGAGAUUUCCGCAGACCUGGCAGAUUUGUCAGAAGAACUUGACAACUACCAGAAGAUGCGGCGCUCUUCCACGGCCUCCCGGUGCAUUCAUGACCACCACUGUGGCUCUCAAGCAUCCAGUGUCAAACAAAGCAGGACCAACCUCAGUUCCAUGGAACUUCCCUUCCGAAAUGAUUUUGCACAACCACAGCCAAUGAAAACAUUUAAUAGCACCUUCAAAAAAAGCAGCUACACUUUCAAACAAGCACAUGAGUGCCCUGAACAAGCUCUAGAGGACAGAGUAAUGGAAGAGAUCCCCUGUGAAAUUUAUGUCCGGGGGCGAGAUGAUUCUGCGCAAGCAUCCAUAUCCAUUGACUUCUAAUUGUCAGCUUAAGGCGUUAAUUAUUAAGUAUGUGUAUGCAGCUACACCAACACCCAUUCUGUCUCAGCAACCAAUCUUGUUCUGUCAGAAUUUGAAAGACCUUCAUAAUCUAUCAUAAUGCUGAUGUUUUAUUAUCUCAGGCAAUCUAUAUAUGUGAAACCAACCAAGGAACUUAAUGUAUUCAGUGGAAAAAGUCAUCAUUCGUUGCUUGGUAUCUUAUCUACAAAAUACCACCAGUUGAGUAGUUGAGGAGCGCGUGGUCAUGUUGAGCCAGGCUCAGCAGCCUGGAGGUGUUGACAUCAGGAUACUGUUCUUGUUCACACAGCCCCAUCAAUUUGAUCCCACAGUAAAUUUAAAAGUAAGAUGUUUCUUUUUAUUCCUUUUGUCUUUCUUUUCGCCGAUGUGUUUGUUUGCCUGUGGUUUUACCAUUUCGGUUUCCUGCAUAAGGGGACAAAGCGUCACUGUAUUCAGCGUGGGCCUGUUUGCUCUUGUGUGUAGAGUAUGGCUAGUCCUGUGGUGAGAGGCAGUUUCAAACACAGUCAUAGUUCAUUUCUCCCGGAAUCAUUUCUAUACUGUUGUCUUCAAUAACUGUAACUUUAGUCCUGUUUUAUGUGGGAAGUAGUAGAUGACAUGAUUUAUCACCUUGAAAUCAUGCUUCAUCUUAAUUAUGCUAGAAAAGUAAUAAUCCUGGGGUGUGUUACUACCAGUUAAUCCUGACUGGAGAUUUGAGAAAGAUUAAAGGCAUGCAGCAACCUCUGAAGUCGUUCCUGUUGGGUCUCAUUCAGUGACAGACAUUCGUCCCAGUAAUCGGUCCCAGAAUUCACUUGUGGGCAGGCCUUUAAUAUGGCUUCAUGCAGAGCUUCACGUCAGAUCUGUGCUCCCUAUCAUCUUUCCAGAACAUUUAUUUGUUCUCUUGGUAUUGGUUUGUCUCUGGCACAUGGUAACUAUGGUUAGUGGAAGUUUAAAGAAGUCCUCUGAGAAACUGUGUGAGCCUUUACAUAGCUUCUGCUUGGAACAGUGCAUUUUUCUAGCCAUUAUCAUCAAUAGAAACUUCAGCUUUUUUCUUAAAAGCACUUUUGACCUUAUGUUUUAUAAAGUAUAUAAAAUGAUAAUUUAUAAACAUCAAAACUCAUUGGUUUUUUUUAUACUUUUGAUAUUAUUUGAUACUGUACAAACUUUAUCAAACCAAUAUUUAAGACACACGAGACAGAUUUCUUUGUUCACAUUAGAGACUCUAUGUAGAAAGAGGCUGUGGUGGGACUGUACCAUAAACUAUUAUAAAGACCUUGGUCAUGGGGAUGUGUACAUAAGCUUCUUUCUUUGCUGCUGUAUUUAGUUGGUGAUAAGUUUUUCACUGUGGUAUUUAUUGUUCCAAAUCACAACAGAAAUCUUAUAUUAAAGUAUACAUUGUUAA